ACAAACGCUGAAUUAUAAUAUCUCUCUUGCCCCUUGACGUUUCCUAUUCAAUUGUAGUCAGCAAAUACAGACAGACUUAAUAUUAAAUAUCGCAAAAUGUAAAUUCUUCAGUCAACAAGUGAUAUUGCAUUUGGCUUGGCUUACUUUUGUGAAACUUUAUCGAGCAUCGUUUGUGCUUUAAUAAUAUUAUCAAUCCAAGAAGUGGCAUCAGGGUUCGCAGGCGAUUUGUCAAUAAAACUGCGGCAGGAUGUCUGAUGAAGAGGUUGACCAAGAAUUAUUAGAACUACAGCAACUGAAGACCGAGCUUCUUCGUACAUCUAUCAACCUUAGAAAUGAAUUUCAAAAGUGGGAACAGACCAGGGGAAUUGUUAAAAAAACAGAAAAAGAUUUCCUUCCAGAGAAGAAUGAGCUCAAAGAUUUAUCAGCUCAGACUGGUGCUAUUCCAAAACGUGUGUCUAAGCGAUGUAUUGCACUGUCAGGCUUUAUAUCAGGUGUAAAGUUUGACGACGUCGAUAAAAAGUGGAUAUCCGCACAAAAGUAUCAAUACACUGCUACCGUCAAGUCUAAGGUGUUGGAAUUUAAUUUCGAAGUCACAGUCGAUUGUGAGGACUGUGAGGACGAUCGGAAGCUCCCUAAGAUUUUAAGCAUCAAUUGCCACUUUAUCAAUCUUAGAAAAUGUUAUUUUCUUGAAAUCAAAUCUUGGAUUCACCGCUUUACAGAUGCUAAUGAUACUUCCAAUUUAUUCAGUGCUGUAUCAGAUUAUACCGAGCAUAAUGUAAUUCGUGCGAAAAUUCUCAGAAAAUUUCGAACUCACAGUGUUAUGUCUAUAAAGGAAUGCAUUGAUGAAGAUGGCGGAAUCAUAGUUUUUCUUCAGAUGAACAACGAUCCCAAUUUAUUGUACUUUGAAAUAAGAUGGGUACUGCGGUUCGUCGAAAGCAUGUGGGGAAUAGACAAUUUUUUUGUCAUCAGACCAAUAUGUGCAGGGGAUGACUUUUUAAAAGAACAUAACCAGCUUUUACAAAGCUUCUGUCAACAAAGCAUAACACCACCUGACCUUGAAGCUCUCUGGACUCGUCUAUGCACUGCGGUGGAACAGGAUAUAGCAUUGCUGUCGACAACUGAUUCAUAAAAAACAAUUAUAUUAAAAAACAAAAAGCGUUGCAAUUGACAAACUCGUUAAAAAAUGUUGAAAUGGCAUGAAGAUUGAUUUGAGUUCACGAAAUUCAACCUGCCUUACAUUCCGUGUGAAAUAACUCUGAGAAAUCAUAUUUAUUGGCUAGAUAGAACUUGUUGAGCAUAAAUAAAUUUCCCUUUAUUUCCAAUA